CCGCCGCCGUCAGAUGGUGCGUCAGUCGUUGCCAUUGUGACAGUGUGUGGACUUUUUAUUUUUCAUAGAGUGGCUUUCGGACAAUGUAGCGGCCAUGGCCUUCGUUUUCGAGCGAAAACAGCGCAACGAGGAGAUCACGGUAAGCCACUCUACCGACGCCGAAGGCGAUCCGAGGCGCCGGGAUCGUUACUGCGUCGAAGACGCGGCGACAGCCCCACGACUCGGCUCGCGUUCACGCCGCUAAGCCUAACGGUGCUCCCCCCGAGCGACACUACACUGCUGCUGGAUGCGGAUUUCGGACGCCGCCUCCUCCUUCCCACAGCGCCGAUUUUUCCCGCAUUGCUUUCGUGCGAUUCGCUCGAUCGCGAGGGAAACUUCAGGAACCUUGCCAUUGUGUACCGCGCGACGCUAAGCGGCGGCUCGCUACGGUCGAGAAAGAACAAAAACUCCUCUGCGUUGCGUCCCUUGCCCCCCCCUCCCGGCUGGCUACCCGGAUUAUGUGUGCAUAAUCCCGCUCCAGUGAUGACUCCAGCGGACGUAACGCCGGGCCCGUGGUGCGUAAUGCGCGACGUCUACCCACUUCUUCAGUGCUGCCGCUAGGACGUCCGGAGAGGGGCGGCGUGGACGGCGUAGGGGCCCAGUACGCCAGCUCCCCCCAGGUUCCCUGGAGGGGCAUGGCUGAUCCAGCCGCCUACCCGGGUUGUGUUGGGCAGAGCAUGAACUUUGCAGAACACCCCUAUGAAAAUCGUGGGCCUGGUCACUGUCAAAGCAGUGGUGGGGGCUACCCGUACCCGUCACAGUAUCGUCCGCACCCGAGCUCUCCACCCGCGUCCUACGGUCCACCACCGGGCCAGCACUGUGGCGGAAACUACGGCAACGGCCCCAUGCCGAGCAGCCCGGGGCCAUACCAGCGGCAGCCGUAUCCUGGCGCUGUGCCCGAGAUGCGCUACGGUCCCCGUCACUCAGCCCCACCUGCAUAUCCAGGCUCCCCGGCACCACUCUCAAAGCCACCAGGCGCGUGGGAUCACAGCAUGGGCGGUGGAAAUUAUGGCACAAGGCCAGUCAUGAUGCAGAGUCCACCACCGAUCCGCUCGCCUGUCAGCAGUGCACAGACACUGCACUCAAUGGGAAACUAUCGGACAGUAGUACCCCCAGGGCCGGCUGGCCCUCCCAUGGGCGUGGCCCCACCCCCACCACAUGGCAGUGUACCGGUCUCGCAGAGCCAGUCACCGUCGUGGUCCCAAUCACCCAGAACAACCCCAUCCCCGCUGGCCUGCCAUGCGCGGUCCCCAGCACCCCCGCAACAGCCGCCCUUCUCUCCACCAACGCCUGCACCCACCCCGCAGCUCCAGAAGCCACCCUCACCAAUAUCCGGCUCCCACGAUCCUCUCCAGUCGCUGGAGAAAAUGGUUCUUCUGGACCCACACAAUAGCGGCGGUGGAAACGUAAAUUAUGGCGGCAUGCAGGAGUCCUCUGGCUACGGAUCUAAUUCGGGUGGUGGCACUGAGAGUGGGCCCAGCUCACCUUAUCCGACUUACUACAACCUCGACCAGAACCGGAUGUGCACCCCACCGGAUCCGGGGCCUCCUUAUGGCAUUGCGAACUUCGCUGCCACGGGCGCCUACCGUACAGUGCUGCCCAACAUGGACAACCCUGCUCUGCGGAGCGAAAGGACCAGUAGUGGGGGCAUUCCCGCACCUGCCCCGCCCCCUGGUGUGUACCCUCAACCUGUUGUGAAUGGUGUGAGUGAUGGUGAUUUUGGGACGAGUAGUAGUCCCAUGGCGGGUCCUCCACCCAGGGUCAGUGAAUUUGACCGACCGUACGCUGGUGCAGGACCACGGGGAGGAACACCACCCUGCGACGACCUGACAAAGCGACGGCGGAGUUCGGACAGUGCACUGUGCAAUCGGCCUUCCAGUGUUGGAGUCCCCGGUCCGUCGGGGGCGACGUCGGCUUCGGGUGCAGUGGACAGUGGGUGCAAGCUCAGGCGGCGCAGUGUUGCAGGUGUUCCUGAUGGGAUAGGCGCAUCACCGGGGCCCCUGACAGUUAUGCCUGGUGAACCAGCACAUAGGGUGAAAACAGAACCAGAAGUGAGCACGUCAGAACCAGAACGUGUGCCAGUGAGUGAGGUGGUGUGUUUUAGUGGUACUUCUGCUGCUACUACUACUACUAGUGCUGCCAAAGCUACAAGUGCCACCGCUGCUUCUUCUGUUGCCACUACACCAGCUACGCAACAGCCAUCGCCAACAAAGCGCAAGAGGGGCCGACCCUUUGGCACAAAAAACAAGGCCAAGGACUCAGCGACUGUGGGCAAGCGAAGACGGCGCAAGGCGGUGGCUACGGUGCACCCGGUGCCUGCUGCGACGCCUACCACAGCGGUUGCGGCAGCAGCGACAACGAAAGUUCGCACGCCCACGACGGGACCCUACAUUCGUGUGUUUGGGACGCGCGAGCGCCCGCUGUCAUCCCACAUCGUGAAUGUGGCCCCACGCACUGUGCCAGAGGACGAGAGCAAGCGGAAAAAGGUCAGUGCCCCUGCCCGUGUAGGACCACACCACCCGACGGGUCGUCGGCUUGCCGGAUCGGCGGCGCACACAAGCACGUUGUCACCCCACUACGACGCUGUGACGCGGGACCCUACGUGGUUGUGCGCGUUUUGCCUGAAGGGCAGCCAUCACCAAGGGCUGGGUGACCUGUACGGGCCAUACCCGGGCACUGUGGUGCGACCAGCCGAGCCGGAACCGGUAAGCUGCCAGGAGGAGGUGCUACGCAGGGGCAGGGCCACCAAACGGAAAAAGAGCGACUCGACCUCAGGCACCGAGGAAGGCUCCACACCGCGGCGAUGCAGCCGGCAGCGGAGGCCCAGUGAAGCAGAAAGGGAAGUGGAGGUGUCCAAGGAACUCUGGGUGCACGAGACGUGUGCCACCUGGUCCCAGGGAGUGUACCUCGGUGGGAACCGGGUGCAUGGACUACAAGAAGCCGUAGCCGAAGCCGCUCACCUGGUAUGCUGCAAGUGCAAGCUCGUCGGUGCUUCUCUGGGCUGCAUCACCCGGGGCUGCAGCGAAAAAUACCACUACCUCUGUGCCGUAGAAAAAGGUUGUUAUUUGGACACUGAAAACUUCUCCAUCGUGUGCUCCAAACACAAGAAACCAAACGCACGCCCCUCCUAAGCAGUCGCCGGUGGAAAGAAAACACGAAUGAUUUCCGACCUCUGUAGCAAGACCUCCGUGUCAUUGCUUUGAACAAGUUGCCAAGUCUUGUUGCAGAGGCAUGGGCUGCUACCGUUUCCCAGCUGUGGGAGGCUUGGAAGGAACCUCAUCAGAUACCCUCCCACUACUCCCUGCGUUCAGUGUAGACAGAAGUAAAAAAAAAAGAGAGAUAGACGCUGUGGAGAAAGUGGCUGAGCUUGGUUUUCACUGAAUGUCUCCAGGGGGCACUGCGUGGUUGUCCCAACAAGGCCAUCGUUCGUAAUCUGCUCAAACUUGUCCCAUUCUUUUUCUUCUUCUUCUUUGCCUCUCGAUUGGUGGUGCUGCAGGAAUGGUCUGUCCUCAUGGUUACUGUUGUCAGCGAAAGUACAGUAUGGUACACUCGUAAAGGGAACACCUAACGUCCUGCAAUAUUUCAACCAUGUCUCAACGAAGCGACCGACAUAAUGCACUAGGCAGGACAUCUAUGUGUGAAAAAUAAUCCACCCCCUUCAGCGCAUACUUUGGCUUUAAUUAAGCACGGAAUGCAUAGGUGUUUUCCUUUAAAGUGAUCUAUACUGUACAGUUGGCCACAGAAGGUUGUGGGACACUAGCUACACGAGACAUGAAUUUCUGCUCCGUUAAGGCAUGGCGCUUCUAAUAUAAGGAAUCGCCGCGUAGGCUGCAAGAACUAGUGCAGACUGAAAUUUUAAACUGGAGACUGUAUGUCCAAUGUUAAGAGGAAUUGGCUUUUGUUCAAAAGCCGUGUCCUGUAGACUUCUGUGGCUGACUAAAUACACACAGCCUGCUCUAUUGUGUUGAUGCGUGAUCCGUGUGAGUGUUUCCGUGUAGAAGACAGUCAGAAGUUGUGCAUUGGUCGACAUGCCUCGCCAUGGUGGCAUUUGCCGCCGUGUCCUGUAGGUAACAGAUGCUGCAUUUGUGUGUGUGCAAGUUUGUGGAGUGCUUCCGUCAAUAAAAGACUAUUGGUGGAACGGGCAGUCCAGGCCCGGCAGGCGAAAUUUACUUUCCGGGGACCGUUCUUAUCCAUUCUUAAUGGUGUGGGUGGGUGGAAUACUCCUUGUGUCCCCUAGGAUUCUUUUCUUGUAAACGCUGUAAAUAUUACUGUGCAAGUUUUUUUUUUUUUCCUAGAUAAGUUCUGUGAUGGCCGAAUGUGGCAAGCAGCAGACGGCGGUCCUGUAAGGUGAUUUGCGAGUACAGAUCAUUUAAACAUGGAACUUGAAUUUUCAUGCCCUGUGAGAAUGUGUUUCUUCUUUUUCUUUUUUCGCACAAGUUCGCAAGUUGCCAAAAUAGUGAUUGGAGCUGUGCUGACACAUUAGUGAAUGUUGAGGAAUGGUCUGUGACUACCUAAGUUUUUUUUUACUUCUGUCUGCCAUUUGGGUGAUCUGUGAAGCGGCUGCCUCACGACAUAAAAUGCAUUUCCAGCAGAGGAAACAUCGCAAUGACAGUGUGUAAAAUGUAAGUACACAGCCUUUUGUUUUAUUUUCAGUGUAGACAUUGCAAUUGCUUGUAACUGUUUGUGCAUAUUUUGACAAAGUGUACAGUUGCACUGCCGUUAGCAUAUUUUUUUCCGGUCAAAGUCAUUACAGCUUAUCCUUGUGCCGAAUUGUGCUUGCUUUCCUGUUUUUCUUUUCUUUACCCAUGCUAUGUUUGCUGUCAUAUUGUAUCUUGGAAGGGACUACUGCAAGUGUGUGCAUGUAGGUUGAAAGCCAUGUCUUUUCAAAGUAACACUGCAAAGUUCACGUGGGGCACCUCUUGUGGAUUUUGUCACACCUCAUACAGGCAGUUUUGUCUAUGGAAAUGCUGCCAAGAUUGGGCAUGUAGAAGAAAAAUGUUGCAAGAGCGGAAUGGUGCCAAAAUUUGUUUUUUCGUUUAGACUAAUGUUGAAGCACUUUUGAAGCUUAGAUAUCUUGCAAUGGGACAGGGAGGGUCAUUGUCAGCUUAGGGGUUUGCUGUAGUCUAGUAACACACCAUCAAUGCGUACGCAUCUAGCUGUGUAUAUAAUCCGACGUGCAGUACCAUCUGUUCCCUGCCUACCCUUCUGCCCAAACCACAAUGCGCAGCUUCUGUCAAAAGUAUGCAGGCCAUACAGUAUGCUUGCAUGGCAUUGAAAUGUUCAAGAUAAGUUUGGAAGAUUCUGAACUGUUCGAAGCACGGUGAAGCUCCAGUGGCCCGCAUACUUUUGGAAAGGGCCCUUCGGUCUAGCUGCAAAGUAAGAAUAGUAUAAAUGGCUAAAAGUUGUUUACAGUGUGGUGUAGUUGAUGGUACUUGCUUGUCUACAAACCCAUCUCUGGUUUCUAAGGCAUUCUCUUUUUUUUGAGGCAGCCUGCGCUGCUGCUGCUUCAAGGUGUUUUCAGGUCAGUCUUAACUUCUGCCUGCCCCCCUCCCCCCCACACACAACACUUUAGGCCGGUGGGAGCCAACUUGUUUCAGAAAAGGGAAAAGUGCAUCUUUGAAGGUCGCAACAAGUGUUGGGACCGUCGAGUUCGGUCGAGUUUUUCGUCGUGGCUGUGUGGGGUCGUGCUGUCGAGACUUUAUAGAUCUGACAGCCGGCAAACAACCCCCGUGUGCUGAAAUGGACCGUCCGGGCUUCCGGUUUGUUUUUUGACAAGACAAAAGAUCAUUCCCUCUAUGUCGUGGUAUCUUCACAGCUUCUUACGUUUGUUUUUGGAUUGUAUUUUCCAAGCUGCGAAAACGUUUCCUCAAUGAUGGCAUCAGUACGACUUGAGCCGUGUGGUUGUUUCGAGAGAGAGACUGUGCCACUAAUGAUAGUGACCUUUGUGUGCAUGUGUGUGUGUGUGCUGUAUUGGUCCUCUUCUGCAAAACUCCUUUCCCCUCUUCUCCAAAAUAAUGUGGCCCCCUUUGAUGCGUUAGUUUAUCACGAAGUGGGAAUCGAUAUUUGCAGCUGCCAUUCAACAUGUCGUUUUGUGUGCAACUCGGUUGGUGUACAUAGUUUGCUUGCUCUGAGAACAAAGCGUGAAAAAUACAAAUGUGGUGGCAGGCUGUGAUGUAAUAAACAGAGAUGAAGCUUGUCCAAAA